AUGAAUCUGGGAUAUUUGCUGUUGCUGUUUUUGUCGCUGUUGCUUCAAAGCUGUCUUUCUGUCCCCAUAUCACGUUUCUAUGCAUAUGGAGAAUCAACAGAUGAAACUUUUACUAAUGUGGAUGAUGAAUCCACAUUCUUAAAUCUGACAAGUAACUUUGUCUUUUAUGGCACAAAUUUCAGUACCGUCUUUAUAAACAACAAUGGUCUCCUUUCAUUUAAUAUGGCAGUUGAGGGAUACACAUCUGAGCCAUUUCCUUUACCUGAAACACUGAUUGCUCCAUUUUGGGCUGAUGUAGACACACGCCGUGGAGCUGGAACAGUCUAUUACAGAGAAACUGCUGCUAGUGCCAUCGUAAGCAAAGUGGCCCAGGAUAUUGCACUUGCAUUUCCAAACCAGCCUCCAUUUACAGCUAAAACUGUUGUAAUAGUGACAUGGUCUGAAGUUGGAUAUUAUGAGAAGAAUGAUGACAAACUCAAUACAUUUCAAUGUGUCCUAGCUACUGAUGGAGGUCGUUCCUAUGUCAUCUUCCUUUACCUUGAUGAUGGUAUAAACUGGGUCACUGGUGAUGCAAGUGGUGGUAAAGAUGGCAUUGGUGGAACAGAAGCUUAUGUUGGAUUUAACUCUGGAGGGCAAAAUGCCACAUAUUUUGCUGUACAAGGCUCUAGGACGCCAGCAGUGAUUGAUAUUGAAACUACCAGCAACGUAGAAGUAGCAGGACUUUGGAUCUUUCAAGUCAAUGAAGCUGAAAUCAUUACUUCUCCAAUUGGGUCAUGUGGGACUCCAGAUCAGUUAUAUGCGAAUGCAACUAUUUUGAGCUACAACACUACAACUGUUAAUAGUACAGCUACAUACAGCUGUGAAAAUGGCUACAAUUUAGUUGGAGUUUCUGUAAGGACCUGUCAGAGCAGUGGAAAUUGGAGUGGGAGCCCACCUUACUGUCAGAUUG